GUAUCUGCUUAUUGGGAAAGAUUUAGUUCACAGCACCAUGUGACUGUCGGUAACAGCCCUGUUCCUGGCCCAGCAUUUAAAAACGUGGAUGUUAUGUUGUACUGUUGCACUGUUUGGGGAGCGUUUCUCUGGAGGUUCCGCGUAAAAUCCGUCCAAGAUGUUUUGGUUCAUGCAAGGACUGUGCGCUCUGCCAGCGUUUUUGGUCGUCUGGUCCUCCUGCACUUUCAUUAUUUCCUACCUUAUUGCGCUCUACAGACGCGAUGUCGAUAUAAUCUUUCCAUACAUAAGUGAUACAGGUGCAAACCCUCCAGAGAGCUGCAUAUUUGGCCUGAUGACAUUCAUUUCUGCAUGCGCAGGAAUAGCCACCAUAUAUGCCAGGUACAAGUUUGUGGAGAAGCUGUGUGAGGAAACACGACUGGUGAGCCCAUGUUUCAACAAAGCUGCUCUCGUGUUGGGGAUGAUCUCCUGUUUGGGCAUGUGUAUUGUUGCUACCUUCCAGGAAACAACAGUGUGGCAGGCACAUGACGCAGGAGCUCUGCUGUUCUUUGUCUCUGGUGUCUUGUACACAAUCCUCCAGUCACGUAUAUCGUAUCUCGCCUAUCCAUUUGGGUCCUCCCUGACUUGGUGUCGAACACGCGUUUUCAUCGCCACCAUUGCCACUUUGGCAUUUUUCCCCACUGUCAUCUGUGCUUUCUUUAUGAAGCAAACCACACUGCACAGAGACAAAGAAGACGCGGACUACCCAUACCACUUGGCCAGCGCUGUAUGCGAGUGGAUUGUUGCCUUCAGCUUCAUCUGCUUCUUCCUCACAUACAUCGACGAUUUCAAACUCUUUACCUUGCGAGUGCACACGGAGUACCAGGAGUAGUCCUGAUCGAUCUCCAACAACAGGCAGCAAAACUUUGUAUGAAUAUCAGUAUUUGAAAGCUGCAUUUAUAUUUGUACAUUUGCAUUUUACACUCGAAGGCUUUUAUAAGAUUUUGUGUUUUAUAUCACCUGAAUGAAUUUGUAGGUACUUUUUUUUUUUUACAUUGUUAUUUAUAACACAUGGUUUGACAUGCAGCCUGUGUUUUUCUACUGUUUAUACAAACUGUUUUAUACGUGUACCUAAUGCUGGUGUUCAGUCAAACGUCACUUUUGCACUUUUCUCUUGACUGUUGCCACACCAGUGUGACACAUCGUGUCAGAUAAGUAAUUAGAGAAGUUCAUCACACAGUGAACGCAUGAUCGCUACAUGUGGUUUAUAAUGAAAAUGCCACAAGACGUUUUGUGAGAAAAUGGUGAGUUAUCUCUCAUCGAUACUGUACGUAGGUGCUCAUUUUAUGCAGAAAAAUGACUUUAAAUGGAAUUAUGAUUGAAAUGCUGCCACUUCUUUAAUUGAAGUUGCAUAUUUGUACUUAAUUGUGUUUUCCUUGGCUCGCUAGACAGUUGUGACGAACAAAUUUGGUAGAAAAGAAACCCUUUCUAUGGACGCUCCAUACAGAGUUUUACUGCUUAUGUGCUAAACGGUUUCAGCUGAUACGUCUGUGUGGCUCUCCAGUGCAGCUAUAGAUGUAGACAGUUCAUGCAAUGGGAAUUAGGCUACUUAUUUAAUUAGUUUUCAGUAAUAAACAGGAAAUGAGGCUGAUGAGAAUUAAAGGCACAGAUAAAUAGAGGCUUGUGACCCCCUCAGAACAAAAUAAACGUGUCCAAGCGACCCCUCGUCGCAGAUUAGUUCGACAUUUCAUUGUCAAACCGUUAAAUUUGAAGGAUUUUUAAGACUCUGAACAGGAAAAUGUUUUAUAAUUUUACACAUGACGUAAUAAUUUGAGAAAUCUGAUUUAUUUUGUGUAGCAGAAAUACAUUUUUACAAUUAUAUAAAUACAGUUUUUUAGUUUUUGUUGAGGUCUAAAGUUUUACAUCUCAGUCAGUGAGAUGAAAAAUAAGAAAGAUAAGCAACAAGAGGUCUAGAUAGAAACAAUAAAAAUUUUAAAAGUCUAGUUAUGUUUAUAACAAUCCCAUUUUCACAGUUUUUUAUCCUCUUUCUCCUUUUUCGUGAGCUUGGUCUGCCAAAACCAAUCCACACUCCCUCCAGCAACAGCGGAGACCCUCUAAAUUUGUAUAUUUG